AUGCCACCCAGAAAGAAAAGAAAUGCUGCUCAAUCAAAAAAGCUCGCUGAUGACACCGAGUCACAGUCAAUAGUUGAAGAGAUUGAAUUUCCAAAGCUGCCUUGUAAGCAAAAGAAGGUCGAGCAAAAUCAGGACAGUGAAACCGUUCUAAAUCUCAAAGCAACUCUUGAAAAGGCGAAUGAACUUCUGGAAGAAGUUAAAGCGAAGUAUCGAGAAACUGAAAUAAGGAGUAACCGUGAAAAUGAUAUUCGUGACCAAAUAUUUAAAGAAUAUCAAGCCAAUACAGAAAAACGAGUUCAAGGCUAUGAAGCGACGGUAGCUCAGUUGAAGGCUCAACUUAAUCACGAAAGGGAGAAGAGUAAAAAGAUCUCUAAAGAAGAGACGGCAAACUGUCGUGACAUUGAAUUAGAGACAAAGCUAAAGGAAGAAGUACGUGUCCUUCAAAAAGAAAAGGAAAGAUCUGAGUUAGAGAUAAAAAAAUUACGCGACCAAGGUUAG